UGUGGCUGGCAAGAUUAGUCGGAAUGUCCACAGAUUUUAAAACUAUUUGUAAAAGUAAUAUAAUAUGACAUCUACACUGCUCUCUAGCCGAACUGAGAACUGAUAUUUUUAAAUACUGCGUAUUAAAGUCUAUUUACACUCUUAGGAUGCCCGUUUAAGUCUCAAUGGUGUGUAUGUGUGGGACCACACAUGCUAUAUUAUAUAUUCUUUUGGUUUUUGAAAAGCGCUAUACAAAUUUAAUGAAUUAUUAUUAUAUAUCUGCUGUCACUGAUCUUGGUCUUAAAUGUUGCCCGUCAGAGGACCCCCUUGACGGCAGAAUCCCCUCUUCUCCCCAUUAGUCUUGCUCUCCUAGCAUGUUGUCUGCCUCACGAGCCCUUGCUGCUGAUUUACGGCACUUAAUCGUGCCGCAGUUUAAGACCAUCAGCUCCAUCUUGCAACUAUACGUUCCCCCUAGUACAAUUUUCCACAUUUUUACGUUUUCUCUCCUUUGUGCCCUCCUUUCAUCCCUCAGUCGUGUUCCCUUAGUUCCCCGUCAUGUUCCCGCCCUCCUUUUCUCCACACAUGCUGUAAUAGGCACCCACUCUCACACACACAGAGGGAGCGACAGACAGGAACAGAAUACAAAACGGACUUGUCGACCCGGGAAGGAUUCAGAUUUCAGAUUUCUUUUUAAAAUUUGAUAUGACAAGAGGAACGGGUUGUAAUGCAAAUAUAUCCUUUGCUGUUUUUCUUUUGUCUCCUGAGGUAUUUCUAGAUGUUCUCUCUUUCUCUUUGUCCCUCCCUCUUUAUCGCUCCUUUGCUGCAUUUAUUAGACCCUUUGAGUCUUGAGUGAUUUCAGCUGUGAGGAAAUGAAAGGUUAUUUAUUUUUCUCCCCCUUCUCUCCUUUGGCUGUAUUGAUGCUCCAUACAGCAGGAGGCAUGGUGAGGCUCCCUGGUUUCUCGAUCUCAGGGACUUGAGCUUGUAGUCUUUGAAGGUAGGGAACCAACUACGGAGGUGUGAUAUAUGGCAAGACGGAAGAGCCGGGCAACAUCAGCAAGUGCGAGAGUAGAACUGCUGUCGUACGGGAGAAGAGAGGAGAGGAGCAACAGACAGCAACAGUCAUGCCUUUGGUUCCAUUUUGUCGGGGCACAUGCUCUUCCUCCCUCUGCGAGGAUUGAGCGAUGGAGAGGCUCACAGAGAUGACUGCGGCAGCCAUCGAGACAGCAGUCAACCGGCCUCUUUUAAAUUCACUGUGAAGAUGCGGCCACAAGAAACCUUGAAGCACGACAACCCCAGCAGAAUGAAUACGACAAGAAUUUCACUCUGGCAGAUAAAGUGGACACCUAAACCAAGUUGCAUGCUGAUCCUCCUAAUCUUAGUUGGAGGAUUAAAGCACAAGGAGGCUUGCCUGAGGUCCAGCCAUGAAGCUCUAACCAUUCAGGCUAGAUCUCAUCUGCUGGAUAGAAUGCCUUCAUUUCCGAGUAUGAAUAAGUGGUCCUUGUCAGAGGUUCUGGGCCGACGGAGACGACUGUUGGCCCUUGGCGCUCUGCUCGCCUGGUUGAUCCUCUUCCAUCUCCUGGUCAACGUUUGGCUCCUCUGCGUCUUCACCAGUCUGCUAGUUGUUUUGGGAGGCUGGCUUGGGUCACGUGCCAUUCUGGAUGCCAACAACCUUCUCCACCUUGAGCAUUUCUUGCCCCUCGGCGGUGCAACACCGCCUCAGUGUUCAGCUGAACAAGAGUGGAGGCUCAAUCAGGAGAUCCACAGCGCCGUCCACAAGGCGGUGCGGGAUUUUGUAUCUUCUUGGUAUCGCACCCUACUGCCAGAAGUGGAAGGCGAAUUUGAGCGUGCAGUGCGUAAUUCCAUGCUGGAGUCGGUGAUGGAGUUGAAGGAACGUGCCAGGCGGGUCGACAGAAAACUACUAGUCCAACGACUUUUAGAGCUUUAUGGCCGCCACCUGCAGAACUACAUGACAGCCAGACGCGUGCAGCUGGAGACGCGGAAUGCCAAGAUUAGCCUUUGGCAGCUCUACCAGGAAGUAGACAGCCCUCAUCCAGCUGUGAGCAAUGCGACCACUGAGCUGGGCUACGCCAGAGCUCUGGUGAACCUAGUCUUGCACGUGCUUGUCCCAUACCCUCAGAUGGAAACCAGAACGGGAGGGUACAUGGUUACCGAACUCAUCACCUGCAACGUACUUCUGCCACUCAUAAGUAGGCUUUCCGAUCCCGACUGGCUCAACCAAACCAUUGUGGAUGUUUUCACCAGGUCACAAAAACCGCAAGAUGGCGCCCUGUACCGGUGCGCCCUCAAUGAUUCGUGGAUGACCUGCCUGUCGUCUUCGGAUCGAGUAAGCGAGAGAAACUCUGAGCUGUUCAGCCCUGUGAGUGAGGAGGACUCCUCUCAGUGCAGUAUGCUGAGCCUCGAGACUUCUUCCGGGAAAGCUGAGAAUUGCCACGCCGGCCUGCUCGCGCCUUGCAAGAUCAACUGCUGCUCCCAUGCACCUGGCCACUACUCACCGCUCGCAGGCUCCAAGAUGCUCUCACUGGAUUCCCUGAUGCAGUCCGACACGGAAGAAGACACAACCAGACGCUUGUGCGAUUGCGGUCCUUCCCCCAACUUCUGCAACUCGAUCAAUUUAAAGGAUGACGCCGAUGAUUUUGGCUGCUUGGCCCCGUUGAAGAAUCUCGGGCCGAAGGUGGCGGUGCCUGUGGAUUUGCCCUGGCCUGCAGGUGUUGCUCAAGAAAGAACCCCCACCGGUCCUUCAAGCAGGCUUUGCCUUAGCCCCUUCAACUUCGAGGCUCCAAACAAACCAUCGCCGGGCAUCCAAAAUGUGCAAAUUGCGGGAACAGUCAGUGCGAGGGAGCAGCGUGGCACUGGAACACAUCCUUAUACUCUCUACACUAUCACGUUUGAGACAGCAACAUGCCCGGAAAACAGUGACCUUUUGCAACUAGCGACCUGUCACUCGGUCAACCGCAGAUACAGCGAGUUCCUCAACCUGCAGACGCGUUUAGAGGAGAACCCGGAAGUGAAGAAGUUUGUUAAGAAUGUUAAAGGUCCAAAGAAAAUGUUUCCCGACCUCCCCUUUGGGAACACGGAUGGCGAGAAGGUGGAAGCCCGUAAAGGUCAACUGGAUACGUUCCUUAAGCAACUGAACAGCAUACCAGAGACCGCAAGGACCGAGGACAUGCAGGAAUUCCUGUCUCUAAACUCAGGGGGUUGCACAUAUUUUGGAAAAAAGCCUUUUUCCAAGUCAAGAAUUGAUAAGAUGAUGGAAAACGCCUUGGACACUUUGAAGACAGCCUUUCCGUACCCUGAAGCCAUAAGUCCAACAGAGGACCUUGAGGGAGACUCUGAUGGGAGAACACUGGACAGCAGGAGGUACAGGCGACUCAUGUUCCCAAGCAAAGUGUCUCCGUCCCUCAAUAUACCCGACUUACAUCCUAAAGUGACGUACUGCUUUAGCGAAGGCAGCCCCGUGCUUAACGGCAUGUCCUUAUCCAGAUUGGAAAGUUUUGUCCUGGAGCAGGAAAGACUUUUAUGCCAGCCGCAAAGCAGAGAGCAAGCCAAUCGCAGGGAGUCUUCGGGCACAGACAAGAAGACUUUAGGGAAAAGUCAGAGUGCAGACACAGCUGUGGCGGAUGUUGCGCUGAACAUCUUAUGUUUGUUGAUGAAGGAACAGUGGAGUUGGCUGUGCACCGAGAACAUCCAGAAGGCCAUCAGACUUAUCUUUGGGACUUUUAUUGAGAGAUGGAUGGACGUGGGCAUGGCCCACCUGACCAGCGCCCCCUGUUGGGUCAUUUACCUCCAAGUUCUGCAGGAGGCCGUGUGGCCCGGUGGCACUUUGCCUGCCCAACCGCAGCCGGAACGCAGUGCCGCAGAGAGAGAGGAAACCAAGGAGCGAUGCUUGGAAUGUCUCCUGCAGCUACUUCCGGAGUUCAUCACCGACAUGUUAGGCAGUGACAAGUACAGACUGAGCUUGGAAACCAUGCUGGAGUCUUUACAGGACCACCACAUAAACAAGCAUCUGGUUUACUGCAUCUGCGACUUGCUGCUGGAAUUUCUGAUACCGGAAUCAAGUGAUGACUCCUUCCAGCAAUCUCUUUUGCAAAGUCUGUGCAAAGUUACUCCCGCCUGACGGCCACAUUUCACCACAGCUGGAAGUCCACGCUGACAUGACGGAUUCAUACCAGGGCUGUCUGAGUUAAGGCCAUGAAGGACUCACUAGAUUCUUGGUCAGUAUCCACAGAUCGUAAGUUUUAGGUUGACAAACUCAUUUUUGUGCUCAGAUAUAUUGUGUAUGUAUUUUUUUUAAAUAUUGUUCAACGUGCACUUGAGGUACAAAUAUGCAAUGUCAUAAAAUCCAAAAUAAGCAUUGAAAAUGUUGCAUUUAAAAAAGUUAGUUUUUAUUGACAUUAUAAAAUUGGUUUUAAAAGAUAAAUCAAAGUCAAAAAAGUCAAAGUCUGCUUUGUUGUCAACGUCUUCACAUGCCGAGACACACAAAGAGAUCGAAAUUACGUUUUCCCUAUCCCACGGUGACAAGACAUAUUACACGAUAGACAUACAAGUAAACGACGUAAUAUAAAAAACAAGAAGGCACAAACAAUAAAUAAUAAGAGUAAAAAUAAAUAAACAGAUAACACAACGAAUAAGAGCCAGUGUGCAUACAGAAUAUGAAUACAAAAAAUGUCAAAGUAAUCAAGCAUGACGUAAAGUAGCAUUAUCACACAUCAGAGUAACAAAACAUUUACAUUAUCCUAUGCAGGCUAAAUGCUAUGCUAGAUUAGAGUGAAGUAUUUUUACUGAGCCACUGGAAGCAAUAUGUUUAUUAUCAUCAUUGGCAACGCUGAAAACUGGUUUUAAUGCCAUAUCCCAUCCCGCACAUGUCACUGAGUGACAAAAGUUGUUUUGUUGAUUUAUUUGUUUUGUGCUGAUGCAUCCAAUAUCAUCCAUAUUUUCCAUUUAAAUGUUGAACAAUAAGUUGUGGUCAGUGACUUAUUCUGUUUACUGGGUUGAGGGCUGUAGUGCAUUCAGUUAUUCAUUCCAAUUUGAAGAUAAAUUUGCAUUUUGAAUUUAAUGCAGUGUAUUGUCAUACAAAUGAACCCAUAAUAUUGUUUACAGCUGCUGAAUGUUUUCAAGUGAAUCUCUGUCAUGUUGACCCGAGCAUUCAAGUCAACGCGACCAGUAUUACAAGAGCACGUGUGAAAAGACACCAAAAGUUGUAGAAGCCAAGAGUUCUUUUCAUCAAUAAAGUCAAUGUGUUGUCCAGGCACCGUUGUGAUCUUCCCAUGAUCGUUUCAACAUUUUCCCCAGACAACUCUUUGAUGAAGUUUUAAUACUAUCAAAAAUCAAAACUAUUCUUUGGCAUUCAUGCGAUCCAACAUGAACCAUGAGACAGUGUAAUAAUGUUCUUUUUAUAUUUGACCGGAAUAGUUAAUUAAGAAAAAUGAGCUACGGACCAACAGCGUACAUAGUGUUUCCAUAAGGCAACAUAAAUCAUUUCAAGUCGACCACAUUAUACGCCAUUUGCCAAACAUAAAGGAAGUGGAAAUGUGUGCAUUUUAGACUAUCCUGACGUGAGGGCAACCACAACGCUAAAUCAGUGACAAAGUAGUUACCGUUUUUUCCAUGUAUAAUGCGCCCCCAUGUAUAAUACGCACCCUAAAAAUGGCAUGUUGUUGCUGGAAAAAAGCCUGUACCCAUGUAUAAUACGUACCCAAAUUUUGACUCGUACUUAAGGCUGUAAACGUAAAAUUAUUUCAGAAAGAAAAUCAUCUUUGGGAACAACCGGAUGUUAUUCUGCCGGUCAGUAUCACUGCGCAUGCGCUAGCAAACUCAAUAGCGGAGAAAUGUUUCGGAUUUGUGUAGGGUACAUUGUGACAGCAAACGAGCAGGUGAUCGAGCAAGCGUCUGAUACGAGAGCAUUGUGUUUGUAUGGAGCGUGUUUGAAGUGAACAGCAGAGAAGAAAGCGCAUCUGUAAUGGCGGCAUCCGUAUGAUAUCCGGAUUAAAAAAAAAAAUGUACCCAUGUAUAAUGGGCACCCCAGAUUUUAGGACAAUAAAUUAGUUAAAUUGUGCGCAUUGUACAUGGAAAAAAACGGUAGUUGGUUGUAAAAUAAAAAUGAUCUUCUGAGACCUUUGUAGAUGGUAUGUUUUAUUAAAAUGAACUUAGCGGCUUGGAAAAGUCUUUGAGUCUCUUAACUGUGCUUUUUGUACCUCCUGCAUGAAUAUUAUGAUCGUGAUGAUUAGCAGUAUUAGUAUCAAGAUCAUAUUCAUAACUGCUAGUUGACGUCACAACUGUUCCACUGUUAUAGACAGAAAUUCCCACAGGCAGACUCCGAAACCAUAAAGAACAUCUUCCCAGGAAAAUGGAAGCUUUUACGGAGGCCGAGGGGCUUUCCAUAAUGACCAGGUGUUCCAAUACUAUAUUUUAAAAGUGUGAUUACAAGCAUAUAGUAUGAAGCAAAAAAAAACAAAA